UCGGGUUUCAGGUUCAGGUUUCGAUAUAUCUGCAUACCGCGGAAAAUAAAAACAAUUACAAAAAUACCCCUUUAUUUUUAUAUAUUUACAAAAAUACCUAAUCCUAACCCUAACCCUCCCUAACCUAACUCUCUCAGUCUCUCUCGCUCUCAAUUUGUUGCGCCUCUCUCUUUUCGAUUGCCGCCUCCAAUCUCCAUCACUCUCGUCGCCUGAGGCUCUGAGCUCCAUCGCCGUCGUGCUCUCUGUUUGUCCGCCUCCUUUUCUCCGUCUUCGCCGUUCUCUUUCUCUCCCUCGGUUCGACUGCCUCCGUCUCCAUCGUCUUUGCCUUGAUCCGCCUUUGUCUUCGCCGUCUCUGUCUCUGUUCAGCCUCCUUUUCUCGGUCGUCUUCGUUCUCUUUCUCUCCCUCGGUUCGACUGCCUCCGUCUCCAUCGUCUCUGCCUUGCUCCGCUUCUGUCUUCGGCGUCUCUGUCUUGAUCUAUAUUCUCGGUUCUUACCAAUCCGUAUGAUUUCGUCAAAGGGAUCGAAACCCAGACACUGAAAUGUCUGAAACUGGACCAGUCACAUGGUCUAAUGGCAUCAACCUCUUUAUCAUCAUCUUCCUAAGAUCGUGACUUAACUCAAAAACCGAAGUGCGGCGUUGUUCUACCCCCAUAUUUGUUCCAGACCCUGUCCCGCUGUGACUCGGUGAAAUCGAAAAACCCUAGCCGCUGGCCUGUCGAUCACACGCUCUCAGAGUCCACUACCUGCAUCUCCGCUGCUCCGUUCCCGUCGACCUAUUCUCUUUGUCCGGCACGAUUCGUUUCUCUCUCUUCGGCGCGGUCUCAUCUCUCCCAGGUACCACUACUUCCAGCUAUGUCCUGCAAGAGAUGCAAGAGCCGUGACCUAGUUCCGGAAAAAGAUACAGGGGACAUCAUCUGUUCUCAAUGUGGGACAAUACAAGAGUUCGACAACUAUGAUGCACAACUAGGUGGCCUAAAUGGGCCCCAAGGUACAUAUAUCCGGGUUGGAUACAUCGGCACAGGAUCUGUUCUUGCUUAUAAAGAUAAAAAAAUCUUUGAAGCUAACAAAGUAAUCGAAGACAUCACAUUGAGGUUAAAUGUGUCUGAUAAAUGCAAUAAGAUCAAGGAUUGGAUCAAAGACAUCACCGAAGGAGAAUUUGGGAUGGGCAGUUGGUUGGAGGUUUUGGUCGGUGCAUGUAGUUAUGUUGUGAUGAGAACAGAAUCAAAGAAUGUUUUGCCUAUGAAUGAAGUAGCGGCUGCAGUUGGUUGUGAUUUGUAUGAGUUGGGAAGCAUGAUCAAGCGUGUUGUGGAGCAUUUACGAUUGGAGUUACCAGAAUUUGAUCUUGUGGGAUUGUUCAUGAGGGUGGUGAAUAAUGUAAGGCUAACCGGAGUUGAUAGGGAAAAGAAGGAGAAAAUUACGGAGCAAGGUGUUUUUCUGAUGAAUUGUUCUCUCAAGUGGUUCUUGUCGACCGGAAGGAGGCCACUGCCUCUAGUUGUGGCUGUUUUGGCGAUUGUUGCAGAAGUGAAUGGUGUGAAAAUAAGGAUUGAGGAUUUGGCAAAGGAAGCUGAGGUUGUGUUGAGCACUUGUAAAAGGCGCUACAGGGAGCUAUUGGAGAAGCUUGUCAAAGUUGCUCAAGAGGGUUUGCCGUGGGGGAAAGAUGUUAAUAUGAAGAAUGUUGUGAAACACGCCGGGUCGAUAAUUGGAUACAUGGAGGCCAAGUCUAUGAUAAAGACUCGUGAGGGAAAAGGGGGUGACGAGUUGGUUCAUGGCGGGGACAUGGAUUAUACUUCUUCUUCUUCUUCUAUUCCAUUACAGAAAAGCCCAUUCUCGUUGGAGGAUAUAGUAAGGGACAAUCUAAGCAAAGAAACUAGGCGUGUUACCGAUCAAGAUGAUGUAUCGCAAAAUUUGGAGGUAGGAGGGGAAAGUCGGAACGAACUGCCGCAUUCGAAUAACUCCAAAGACCGUAAGAUAUCGGUGGAGCGGUUAGCUAUGAUGUAUAAUAAGUUCAAGGAUGAAGUUCUUGCUGGGGAACGAAGUCAACGUAGCAAUAGGCCGCCGAAGAGAAGGGGUUUGGAGAUGGAUUACUCUCAUGAUCAUGAUUGGUGGAAAGGGAAAUCAGAAAUGAGCCAGCGGCUUUUGCUCAAGGACGCGUUGGAGAAAAAUGUGGGGUUGGAGGCUCUGCCUCCUUCGUACAUUAACGGUUGCAAGGCAGUGGAAAGACGAAGAGAAAAAAUAAAGGCGGCCAAGUUGCAUAUCGACCGGAUAAGACAUCCUCGUCCGGACACAGAUACCGAUGUCGAGACGGAUGGAGGGAAGAAGAGGAAGAUGGGAGAGGGUUGUGAUGUGGAUUGGGAGGAUUUCAUCAUCGAGACCCUCGUUCUACGCGGGGUUAAAGAUGAGGAGAUUGAAAAGGGUUAUUACAAAGCCUUGAUGGACUUGCAUGUUUUCCAGUCCGGGGAGGUAUGAGAUGUGAAUAUUCGGAUCAAAAUGUCAUUUCAGCUCAGGUUUUAACCAAUUUUUAACCUUUGUAUUAACAUUACGAUUGUGAUGUGUAAUUAAUAUGGUAUUCUCUAUGUAUAAUAUUGGAUUGUAUUUUCUUA